UAUUACCCUGCUAGUCAGCAGCCAGGGUCGAGUCGGUUCAGACCUGGCGUGGGCUGAGGCUGCCGCCUGGGUUUGAGCUAAGGAGACGGGUCAGAGGAAGCUGGUACAGCAUGACGCAGCCGGUAAACGUUAGUGACCUGGUUCCACUGCUGGAGUCCACAGACCUGCAGGUUCUCGAGGAAGUCAAGGGAAUUGUCACUGAACACCUCCGCUCAGACCGUGGCCCCUUGCUGCUAAAUGCUUUGGUGGAUCAUUAUUUGGAACAUAAUUCUGUGUUAGCUGUACAGAUUCUUUCAGCUGUACAGGAGCCCCAUGAUAAGCAUCUUCUGGAUCGAUUAAACGAGUGCAUGGGAAAAACAGCCACCCGACUACCUGCUGUGACCUUGCUGGGGCACGUCAUUCGACGUGAGCCAACAUGGAUUCAUAAACUCUUUCGUGCACCUGUGCUGGUUUCACUACUCAAGUGUCUGAAGACAGAGACUGAAGUUGUUGUGCUCACUACCGGACUCCUUGUGUUAAUCAUCCUUCUGCCCAUGAUACCACAAGCUGGGAAGCAGUAUCUCCUCGAUUUCUUUGAAAUCUUUGGCCGGUUGGCUGCGUGGAGCCUACAAAAACCAGGCCAAGUGCCAGAAGUAUAUCUGAUCCACCUCCAUGCCAGUGUUUAUGCAUUAUUUCAUCGUCUCUAUGGGAUGUACCCAUGCAAUUUUGUGUCCUACCUCCGCUCCCACUACAGUAUGAAGGAAAACAUGGAAACAUUUGAGGAGGUGGUAAAGCCGAUGCUGGAACAUGUGCGAAUCCACCCUGAACUAGUGACUGGAACCAAGGACCGUGAACUGGAUCCCAUUAAGUGGAAGCGAUUUGAAACACAUGACAUUGUCAUAGAAUGUGCCAAAGUUUCCCUGGAUCCAAAGGAGGCUUCAUGUGAGGAAGGUUACACGGUUAUGCCUAAACAUUUCUCUACCCAUUCUCAGCAUAAGCCCGCUGACCACAGCUCUAGCCCGUUUUCAGAUUCUCAGAGCAGCUUUGGUAGUGCAUCAUCAUCAUCAACAUACACGCCCCGGGUUCCCUUCUCCAAUCUCCCAGGGUCCCAGGCUCAUUACAAGACACCACCAACCUUACAACGCCUCCCUGCAGAUGGAAUCCAGGACACACUCUGGAGUCCAUCUUCAGCGUGUGGGCUGUCGACACCUCCAUCCUCCAGAGGACUUUCUCCCAGCCCAUUUGAAAGUGCCUCCUGCUUACACAGAGUUCACAGUACACCAGUAGGUGGAAAAGGAUCAUCUACUGAAGCACCUACUCUCUCCCCUCCCCCUCCAUGUCCUGCAGAUGAGCUCAUGCACAGUUCAUUACCAACAGCAGCAUCACUGCCAAGAAAGGAUGGUAAACUGGAGAGUGGAAAGCCAUUAAUUAAACAGCGGCAUGUGACUAGUGAUAAAGGAGCCGCUGACAGCCCAGGUGGCUUCGAGAAUGAGAGCAUCAAAACUGUCUCCUUGAAAGAGCUGCCGGAGGUUAUAAAGGGGUUGAAUCUACAACCAGAUGGAACGGAGAAGGAGAAUGAAGAAGCUGCUAUUGCUGAUGAACUUUCUGAAAUUACGCCCAUGGAUCUUCAGUCCCUGGUUACUCGAGGAGGAUUCGACUCGCCAUUUCAACACAGGACUGAGACACUCACUGGUCCUCAGAUGAAACGUGAGCAGGAAUUUUACUCUUCAGCCAGUGAGCAGGGGCUGUGUCCCGAGCCCCAGCAAGCCCUGCCUUCAACUUGCAAAGCGUCAGACCAUCACAGACGAGAACAAUGUCCUAUCAAACAGGGGUUCAUGCCCAUUGAGAAGCCAAGUGAGAAUUGCUCUGGAAGCCCAGUCAAACAGGAGAUGCUCAAAGCAGGUUCAACAUCAUUGGAUGUUUUUACACCCAGCCCUUUGUUAAAGGUCCAGGCACUGAGGCACCCUUCACUUGGUAGUGGUCAUCCCCUCCCAUAUGAACACCUCUUCGAUUUGGCUUUGCCCAAGACUGCGAGUCUCUUCAUCAAACAGAAGACCUCUGAGCUGCAAAAGGUAGCUGCCGAGCACUCUGAGGACCCAGUGUUGCAGUCCCCUGUGCCAAUCUCACCCCUCGAUGUGCUGGACAAGCUUAUUCAGCAUGGGGGAGAUGCACAUGUGAAGGAGCUUAGCAGAGUUUGUCCUGUGCAGCAUGAGCCCCAAAGUCAAAGAAAAAUGGUCAGAUUGCCUUUGCCCAGCAAAUCUGCAGAUUGGACUCACUUUGGAGGUUCUGUCCCCAUGGAUGAACUACAAAGGCUUAGGAAUCAGCUAAUUUUAUUGCACAACCAGCUACUGUAUGAACGCUACAAGCGAGAGCAGCAUGCUGUUCGGAAUAGGCGUCUGCUGCGCAAAAUUCUCAAAGCAACUGCACUGGAGGAACAAAACUUAGCUAUGAAGGACCAGCUGAAACUCCAGGAAUUGGACAUUGGAUCCCUCAAGCACAGUUUGUUCAUCGAGCAGAAUCAGUCUCGGCUGCUGCGAGAAGAGAAGGAAUCUAUUGUCAAGCAUCUCAACAGCCAGAUCGCAGACUUGCAGAAGGAGCGAGGUGACUAUCGAGCCAGCUGCCAGGAGUUACAGAAUAAACUACAGGAUUGUCAGAAGAUGAUUGGGGAGUUGAAACUGGAACUACAGAAGGCCAAUAACAAAGCCUGUAACACUGCAUAUCUGCUGAACCAAAUGACUGAGAAGUUUACCAGCACUCAGUCUGUACAGCAGCAAAUGGAAUGGUUGAACAAGCAGCUGCUGCUCCUGAGUGAAGUGAAUGAGCUACAUAUGGAGAGGUUGCUGCAUUCUCAGAUGGGAUCUGCUAAGGCAGCAGAGGCGGAGAUGCUGCAGAUUUCUUUAGUCCGAGAGAGGGAGAAGAUGAAGCACCGCAUUCAGCAGCAAAACCAAAGAUUGGAGGCAUCGCAACGCCGUAUAACGGAGCUGGAAAACCAUCUGACAAAGAAAGAGCACCUUUUCCUGGAGCAAAAGAAAUAUCUGGAGAAUGUCAAAAACAUGGCCAGUGGAGAGCUGCAGGCAGCAGAAAGCCGCUAUGAAGCCCAGAAACGGAUAACGCAGACUCUACAAUGCGAAAUCCUGGAACUCUACAGCAAGUUGGAACGGGCCGGACCUCCAGAGAAGCCAGUGCCAGCAGAAAGAACACCUCGGCCUGUAGAGGACAUGUCUGAAAACACCAGUGCCAUUUCUGACUCAUUUGAUAAGAGCCCAGAUACGGAGAGCGCAAACCAUCAAGUGCAGCCUGCUGUGCGCCCCAGCACCUCGACUGACCGGUCUCCCGAAAGAAAGCUACAGCCUUCCCUGAUGGUGGCGGAGCAAGGGGGGGUCAGUCAAGGAACCCUGAGCCCAAACCUCCUGGAGCAGCCCACCGCCCCAGUCACAGUCGGUUCCUACCCCAGCUCAAAGAGUCUCCUCGGAAUGCGUGCCCGUGAGCUGUUCAGGAACAAGAGCGAGAGCCAGUGUGACAACGAGCGGCCCAAGAUGGACAGCCUCUUUGACUCCCUCAAAACAGAGUACAGCGUGGAGCUGGGAGACUCGCUUGGGCCCAUGAAAUUGCAGGUGUCCAGUCCAGAAAGCGUCAGACAGCUCAGCAUAAUGGACUAUGAUGGAACACAUCAUGACCAGAAUUAAUGAGGGUGCGGGGGGAGGGGAGUGGGUCGGGAAGCAAAGAAACGUAGUCAGUAUUAUUCUGAGCAGUUAAUGCCUGCUUUGCUUUGUAAGCAUGUCGUAAGUUUAUAACAAGGUACAAUCCAGUUAAGGGUCACGUGCUCCCUUCAGUGGAAUGUUUAUAUAUCCCAAGAGGAAAAAAAAUGCAAAAAAAACUUGACAUCAAAUCCCUGUGUAACUGUGAACAAAUAAGUUGUCUUUCAUGUUUUGCACUACAUUAUGUUGUACGUAUGGUAUGUCUGUAGAUGAUGGCCACCCAGGUAUGAUGGAACAUCUGAUUGGAACCUUUUCUACUCCCUCCCCUUCAAAUGCUUGCUGCUGACCCAAUCGGACUGCUCCUCUUCAGUUGGGCUGGAGGUGUGACCUUAAAGACGUUUGUCGUACAAGCGGAUGAAUUCUCUUGCGGUGUUCAAAAGAAAAUAUAGGCUGGACCAACUUCCCCGCAGGAUCUUUGUAUCAAGACUUUAAAUAAUGAAACAGUGCUGUGAUUUCAAACCUCCUUACUUUUAUCCUGACAUUUCCAGUCAUUGCUUUCCAAGCUGUGAUGAUUUAGACUGUUGAAGUUACUCGCCAAUUGAAAUCAAGCCAGAGACCGGGGGCAGAACUACUCGUGGAUUUGAACGAGAGACCCUGACUCUCCAUUUGAAGUUAGGAGUGGUGUUCAGUGUUCUCUGCCAAAUAUGUCUGUCUUUCGGAGGGUGGGGUGGCCACUGGAAGGGGGAGGGUUUGUCUGCCUACUCAGACUCAGUAUUUUUUUUGGGAGGGGUGGGGGUUUGAAGUUAAGUUGAUGAUGAAUAUUGCGCAGUGAUUUAAUAAAGGGCUACCCUCCACACUU